AUGUUCUCCCUCCUCAGACACUCAGCACGCCUCGCAUCAAAGGCAUCUGCUGCACACACUGCCCAGUUCUCCCUCACAACAAAGGCACUCGAGAAGAACCUCUACCUCGGCAACCUCUCAUGGACACUCACUCCGGACACCUUGCGUUCUGCCAUUGCUCAACAUGGACACCUGCAAGACCUCAACAUCAUCACCGACCGACUCUCCGGACGAUCACGUGGCUAUGGAUUCCUCAGGAUUGAUGAUGACCAGGUUGGUGAGCAAGUCCUUGCGGCACUAGCAGAGUGUGAAGUGGAAGGCAGACAAAUCAAUUGUCGUGAAGCUGAAUCGAGACCUGCCUUUGGCGCCGGCGGUGGUGGUGGUGGUGAUCGUCCAAGACGGCCGUAUGAUGGUGGCGAGAGGCGCAGUAAUGGAUACAACGGUGGCAGCGUCGGUGGCUCGUACGGCGGUCGUAAUGCUCGCGAAGGGGGUGAUAGGCGUGGUGGCAGUGGUGGGUAUGGUGAACGUCGUGGCAACAAUGACCGUGGUGGCCGUCGUGGCGAUGGCUAUGGCGAGUCUCGCGACUACUAG